UGGCGCUAUUGUUUGCAUCUGUUUAUGUUUGUGUCUCCAGAUGUGCUGUCCCGGUGUAGCUCGUUAGCUAAAGGGUAACGGUGGAGUCACCGUUUAACGCUGCUGCCGUUGAGCGACAUUUACGAGGGAAAAAAAUAAUCUCUCCGGCUUUAAAUAGUUUUUUUGGUUCACUGUCAAUGCGACCGAGCCGACAGAAAGCUCAGACACAACGGAAGCUAGUGAGGUGUAGGAAUGUGAGGGGAGGGAUUCUGCGGUGAAAACCCCCUUUAGUUCUCUGGUGUGUUUCCGUUUCGGUUUACAAUCCUCCUCCUCCUCCUCCUCCUCCUCACAUGCUCCUCCUGGCUCUCCUCUGUCACCUGAUUGCAAGGACACCGACAUGGAAGGGAAUGUCUUUUUGUCCCACUGAAGUAUAACUGGCUGAAUGGACAAACGCCGUGAUGAUUAUUGAUUUUAUGUAAAUAUGGUGACAUGUGAAAAGGGGAACCGAAAAUUGGUCUGUAGUCAUUCAGCUCUGUCAAACCUGUCCUAAGAAGUCUUGCUAACUGCAGCUGCUUUACUGGACUUCUUUUAGCCCUGUCAAUGUGUUUGAGAUCUCCCACCAGCCACCAUGUCGGACACGGAGCGGUCUCUGCCGGUCCUCAAGAAGCUCAGCUAUGCGGUGGGACACUUUCUGAACGACCUGUGUGCCUCCAUGUGGUUCACAUACCUACUGGUGUUCUACCACUCAGUACUGGGAUUCGAAAACACAAAUGCAGGUGUGAUGCUGCUGGUCGGUCAGAUAGCUGAUGGCAUCUGUACGCCUCUCAUUGGCUACGAAUCUGACCGAACCCCUGGCUGUGGCAACUACGGCAAGAGGAAGACAUGGCAUUUAGUCGGUACACUGAGCGUGAUGCUGUCCUUCGCCUUCAUCUUCAACCAGUGUCUUGGCUGUGACAUCCACACCCCUCAGUGGGCCAGUUUGACCUACUUCAUCCCCUUCAUCAUCGUCUUUCAGUUCGGCUGGGCCGCCACCCAGAUCUCCCACCUGUCUCUCAUCCCAGAGCUGGUCACCUGUGAGCACGCUAAAGUAGAACUCACAGCGUACAGGUAUUCGUUCACAGUGAUAGCCAACAUCACAGUGUAUGCAGUGGCUUACCUGCUGUUCCACAUCCAGGCUGGAAAGGAUGACGACUCGCUCAGUGAUGUGCUCGGACCACAAGAUAUCCCCGUCUUCAGGAAUCUGGCGUUGAUUGUUCUGGGCAUCGGGGCUCUCUUCUCCCUCCUCUUCCACCUGGGAAUCAAAGAGAAGAGGCCUGGAGGAGACGGGGAGGCUGGAGGAGAGGAGGGGAGGAAUAGGUUGAAGGAGGAGGAGGAGGAGGGGGAGGAGGGGGAGGAGGAGGAGCCAAGGCUUCCCUGCUCUCAGACCUCCUCCUCUCUUCUGCAGUGGAAAUGUUGGCUGCAGCAGCCGUCUUUUUACCAGGUGGCCUUACUCUACAUGUCUACCAGGUUAAUGGUCAAUCUGUCUCAGACGUACAUCUCCAUGUAUCUCAUCAACACUCUGAUGCUGCCCAAGAAGUUCAUCGCCACCAUCCCAUUAGUGAUGUACCUGAGUGGCUUCCUGUCUUCUUUCAUCAUGAAGCCUGUCAGCAAACUCCUUGGAAAAUGUCUCACCUACUUCGUGGGCCUGCUGCUGAUCAUGGCCUUCUCCUACUGGGUGCUUUUGGACGACAAGAUGGGUGAGCGGGUGUACGGGGCCGCUGUGCUGCUGGGGGCGGGGUCAGCCACCGUCCUGGUCAUAUCGCUGUCCAUGACCGCCGAGCUCAUCAGCAAUCAGACGCAAAGUGGAGCGUUUGUGUAUGGAGCCAUGAGUUUCACUGAUAAGGUGGCUAAUGGAGUGGCCGUGAUGAUCAUUCAGGUUCUGCAUCCUUGCCAUACGGUGAUGUGCUGUCCAGCCUGUGUGUGGUUCUAUCAUUACAUCAUGGUCAUAGUCACGGGAGGCGUGGCAGUCGUCGCUGCUUUGGCGCUCUGCUCCAUCCUCAUCUGGCCAAUCAGGAUCCGACUACGUGGACGCCCAGGUGGACCGCCACUCAUCUCUGGGGAUGAACCCACAGUCAACUAACAGCCCCUCCUCCACCUCCCCUACCAACUGACACCUCAUCAGAACAACAGGACCCUGGAGCGUUCAGCUGCACAGGAGGAGCUUUCACUUCUGUUUUCUCUUUUAAGAUUCUUCUUCAGAUUUUUCAGGGAGAGGCACCAGGAGGAUUCCUGACUGACCGGGUCACACAUUUAGCCCGUCUGAUAACGUUACAGGAGUCCACAGGAGCUGAGAAGGGGGAUCAUUUAAAUAACUUUAGUUCAAAGCAAUUUUCAACAUAGAUCCUGUUUUCCCAUAAUUUUCCAAAAACAUUUUUUCAUCUCAGCUUGAUCGGUUUGGAAAAUCAGUUGAUCCAAGUCAAAUCAAAAAGUGUUGGCAUGAGAUUAUCAGAGUAAUGACCAUGUAUGGGCGUUACUAAGCAGCGGUUCGCCCAGCAGCUGAUCAUUAUGAGCCCAUAAUGUUGCUCCACGCGAUAGUACUUUUGACACACAUUCAUACAAAUCAUUAUAUCUUUAGUAUUUUACACAAUUUUUUUUUCCCGUUCAUAUGCAGAAUCUGAAAUUUGUAUCAUUGGAACGAAACCAAAUCACACAAGAGCGCUAACAUGUACAUAGGUCUGCAGAUCCAGCUGGUCUCAGUGUAAUGUAAGCACCAACGAAGGAAUGAGGAACAGUAGACCAUGAUGGUAUAGAUUCCUUAUGUACUGCCUCACCACACAACUGUGGGCAUGAGAUAUGCUGUUAGGUUGGAUAGAUUUUUUCUUUUCAUGGGUAUGACAUCAGCCACAGCCUUUAUACAUUUAUACAGAACGUUGGAAGAUGAUGAGAAAACAGGGUCUGGGUCUUUAAUCUUCUUUAGCUCAAAUUAUUUAAUCUCAUGUCUGCUGCAUCAGACACAACAGAGCUGACUGGAGGCCUCGGCUGAACAGGAUUCAUUCAGAAAGGGAUCUGCUCACCUGCUGCUUCACCGACGGACAUCAGGGCCAUAAAAAAAGGAUGAUGAAGGGAACCAGAUGCAUUAUGGGGUGCAUUAAAGUGGAUCAAACUCAGAAACACCAAAGAAGACACAGGGACCGCUAUAAACACAUCAAAAAAAAAAAAUCAUUCCUGAGUGGAAUGCAUCAUUAAAGGCUCAUUCACUUUACUUUCCUCCAGAGAAGCAAACCACUACAUCUACACAGACGCUUCAUGGACACGGGAGAACUGAACCCAGACCGCCGCGAUGAGGAGGAUCAAGGUCUCGCUGCAACGCACAGACGCACUUAAACAGGAAGUAAGAAGAGCUUCUCUAGAAUGUGACUGCAGCAGAAACAAUGUGGGAAUGAGCUUUUCCUCAUCUGAUCCAGAGCCUCCCUGUACUGUCUGUUUGACGUCACAUACUGGGAGAGAACUGCAUCCCAGUGAAGUCUCAUUCAGAUGAGCUGCAGCGUUCAAUCUGCUGCUGGGGUUGUCUCUAAAAGCUGAACUGGGAUCCAGUAGGCGUACUGGGAUAACUUGUACCUGUGCCUCAUUGUUGAACUUGUAUUAAGAACAAAUCCUUAUUAUGAUGUGAUUAUAUUUCUAUUUUAAUCGUUUUUCUUGGUUCAUUGUUUUACUUCUUCAUGAUCAGAGACCAAAUGGAAUAUGGUUUUAAAGAAUAUAUUCUCUAAUCAAAAGAAACUUGAAUAGCAGAAUUGUAUUUGAUAUAAAUAUAUAUAUAUAUAUAUUAUAUAAAAUCACUUUAAAGGGAUAUUCAUAUGAUAUAUAAUGUGUGAAUACUAAUAUGAGGGAAUUAUACUGGUAAAUUAUCAGACCUGGCACUGGUGUCUUUUUUUUAUGUUGGACUAAUGCAGGGCAGAAGCUCUGUGACCUUCAUGAUAAUCCGUCAUCUCAGUUAUAACUUUAUGGGUUUUUUUUCUUUAAUGUCUUUGUUGCUCCAGUGAUUGCUCUGAGUCUCUGAGUGUCGCCAUUGUUUUGUAAAGAGAUGCUCUUUAAAUGAAAUAAAGUGAAGCACGUAAUAACCA